AUGGACUCCGAGGACGACAUGCACGACGCCAACGACUCAGCGGACGACGACUUCUACAGCGGCGGGGAGGCCGGGCUCGCCGCCAGCGAUGACGGCGACGCCGACUACGACUUCGCCGACCACGACUCCGACGACUCCCCCGAGCUCCUCUCUCACCGGCAGCAGCAAAAUUACUGCAUAUUGAGUGAAGCUGGUAUAAAGCAGCGGCAAGAGGAUGACAUAAAUAGGGUUUCAACCGUUCUCUCAAUUUCAAAGUCGGAAGCAUGUGCUCUUCUUCGCAGCUAUAACUGGAGUGUUAGUAAGGUGCAUGAUGAAUGGUUCGUUGAUGAAGAACGUGUUCGCAAGGUUGUUGGUUUUCCGGAGAAGCGCAUUGAAAUGCCAAAUGACAGAGAACUGGCAUGUGGAAUUUGUUUCGAAAAUUGCCCCCAUGCAUCAAUGAGUGCUGCCGCAUGUGGACAUCCUUUCUGUAGUGUAUGCUGGAGAGGUUACAUUAGCACUGCUAUAAAUGAUGGUCCAGGAUGUCUGAUGUUGAGAUGUCCUGAUCCGUCCUGUGCUGCCGCAGUUGGACAAGAUAUGAUUAAUUCGCUGGCUAAUGAAGAGGAUAAGGAAAAGUAUGGGCGAUAUCUUCGCAGAUCUUACAUUGAGGAUAAUCGAAAGACAAAGUGGUGUCCUGCUCCUGGAUGUGAAUAUGCAGUAGAAUUUGUUGUGGGCAGUGGCAGCUAUGAUGUUAAUUGCAAUUGUUCAUAUGGGUUCUGUUGGAAUUGCACUGAGGAAGCUCAUCGUCCAGUAGACUGUGCCACUGUUUCAAAGUGGAUCCUCAAGAACAGCGCAGAGUCUGAGAAUAUGAAUUGGAUACUGGCUAACUCAAAGCCUUGCCCUAAGUGCAAGCGGCCUAUUGAGAAAAACCAGGGAUGCAUGCAUAUCACAUGCACACCUCCAUGUAAAUUUGAGUUUUGCUGGCUGUGUCUUGGUUCAUGGUCGGAGCAUGGAGAGAGGACUGGUGGAUUUUAUGCUUGUAACCGUUAUGAGGCAGCAAGACAAGAAGGAGCGUAUGAUGAAUCUGAAAGGAGAAGGGAAAUGGCGAAGAACUCCCUUGAGAGAUAUACACAUUAUUAUGAACGAUGGGCAGCUAAUCAGUCAUCAAGGCAAAAGGCAUUAGGAGACCUUCAGAGUCUGCAGAAUGACAAGCUUGAAAAGUUAAGUGAUAUACAAAGUCAACCUGAGUCACAGCUCAAGUUCAUCAUAGAGGCAUGGCUACAGAUUGUUGAGUGUAGGAGGGUAUUGAAGUGGACAUAUGCUUAUGGUUAUUACCUCCCAGAGCACGAACAUGCCAAAAGACAGUUCUUUGAAUAUCUGCAAGGUGAGGCUGAAUCAGGUUUGGAGCGGCUGCAUCAGUGUGCAGAGAAAGAACUUCAAAUAUACCUUGAAGCCGAGUCCCCCUCAAAAGAUUUCAAUGACUUCCGUACAAAGUUGGCUGGAUUAACUAGCGUGACUCGCAAUUAUUUUGAGAAUCUCGUCCGGGCACUGGAGACUGGAUUAAAUGACGUUGGACCUUCCACUAGCCAAAGCACGGGCAUCAAGAACACUACUUCUAAGAGCCUUGGUGGCAAGAGCAAGACUGGCAAGAACAGGGCAUCCGCUGCUGGCUCCAAAUCAGGCAGCUCCAGCCGUGGUGUGGACGAUAGCAACAUUUGGACGUGUGAUCAGUGUACAUAUGUAAACCCCAGAUCGGCCAAGGCCUGCCAGGCUUGUGACCACCAACACCGAUAG